CGUGACGCUUAUUUUGCGCGAAACUCAAUCGGAAAAGCUAAAGUUCAGGUGAACUGGUUGGAAAUGAGUAAAAAAGAUAACGGAGCGUCAGUCAUCCUCGCCUAUCUGAAUGAGAAGAACCGUCCUUACAGUGCUCAGGAUGUCUUCUGCAACCUACAAAAGCAGCAUGGGUUGGGAAAAACGGCUGUGGUCAAAGCCAUGGAGCUGCUGGCUCUGGAGGGCAAGAUACGGGAGAAAACAUACGGCAAACAAAAGGUUUAUUUUGCAGAUCAGGCUCAGUUCAAAGAUGUGAACGAUGCAGACCUGAAAGCAAUGGACUGUCAGAUCUCAGAGCUGAGUGCAGAGGUGCAGUCCCUCACUCAAAGCUGCAGACAGCUCGAUUCAGAGCUGAAGGAGCUGAACAGCUCCCUCACUACAGAGGAAAUGGUGUCCGAGAUCCAAGAGCUAAAAACAGAAUGUUCUGGAUACAGAGCGCGUCUGGAGAAAAUAAAGUCAGCAGCAAAUCAUGUCACACCAGAAGAAAAAGAGAAGGUUUACAAAGAGCGAGACGUUUACGUCAAGGAGUGGAGAAAGAGGAAGAGACUGGCUUCAGACAUGAUAAAUGCCAUCCUGGAGGGAUACCCAAAGAGCAAAAAGGAAUUCCUGGAUGAAACUGGAGUGGAGACUGAUGAGGACUGCAAGGUGGUCGUUCCAAAGACCUGAACAAGAAAACGCAGCUGCCACAUCAGUGUAAGCCUGUGUGGUACAUAGCUAAAAAAGUAAUUAUAUAUCAGAGCUGUCUGAGCCAUAACAUACUUUAUUUAACGCCUUUCUUUUGAAUAAAUUGUACAAAUUUACUACAUUUUGAAGCAGCAUUUUAACUGAAAGUAUAUUAAUACACAAACAGCUGUUGUUUGUGAACAAAAGAGGCAUUACUGGUUUAAUGUGUCCCUUUUUUAAAGCCAUUGAAGUAAUGCGUUUCCAUAAAUGUCGAGUUAUUCGUUAAAGCUUUAAGAGCUGUGCAUCCUUUGUUGUUCUUGUACAUCUUUAAGUCCAUGUUUGUGUCAGUUUUUUUGAAAAUACAACUUAACCACGAUGUAUAAAGCAUGGUUAUAGGUGAAUAGUAUGAGUAUAGUUUAUCUCCAGUUCUCUCCUUUCAAUCAUCGGUUGUAGUUUUUUCUGGCUGUAUAACUGCCAAGUUAUUAAAUGUUCAUGACGCUAA